GCAGAGCACUGCACUGCACAGACGACGAGCCGAGCAGAGACAGCAAUAAAGAAACCGCUGCAGCUGCUGCUGCCGUUGCGUCGCGUGGCGCUCUCUCUCUCUUCGUCUUCCUCCCGAACCCCAAUAAAACCUCUCCCACUCCCUCCCUUUCCCUCCUAGUCCCAUUUGUGCUGCUGGCCGCCCGUAGUCAUCACUCCCCCACCACCACCACCACAGCACGCCUCCCACUGCUCGAGGCCAGCAGCAAAAGCAGCCAACCAGACUCAGCUGCACUUAAAGCCAACCGGCUUAGCUCAGCCCAGCUCGACAUGGAAGGGGAGAAGCUCUCCUCUUCCUCCUCCGCCGCCCCCUGAGCCUGAGCAGAGCACCGCCGGAGCGACCGACUAAAGCCAGCCAAAGUAACCUCCUUUACCUACCUACGCAAUGGCGUUCGCCGCGCUGUUCGCUGACUCGCUCUACUGCCCGGAGGAGCACCUGGACUUGUUCCAAGAGCCGGCCGAGGAGGAGGAGCUGCAGCCUGCGGUGGUGGUCAUGGAGGACGAGGUGCGGGCGCUGUUGGAGGCGUUGAGGGGGAAGGAGGAGGAGCUCAUGUCCAUGGCGCCCGAGGUGGUCGGCGACGGCGGGUACGGGGAGGAGGGGCGGGAGGCGGCGGUGGGGUGGGCGGCGGGGGCGGCGGCGAGGCUUGGGUUCUCGGCGCUGACGGCGGCGCUGGCCACGGCGUACCUGGACGGGUGCUUCCUGCCGCUGCGGAUGCGGCUGGACGGGCGGCCGUGGAUGGCGCGGCUCGCCGCCGUGGCCUGCGUGGCGCUGGCCGCCAAGGUGGAGGAGACGCGCGUGCCCGCGCUCCUCGACCUCCAGCUCUGCGCCGCCGCCGCCGGAGCCGAGGAAGAAGAAGGCGGCGCGUACGUGUUCGAUCCCAAGACGGUGCGGCGGAUGGAGCUCCUGGUGCUCUCCACGCUCGCCUGGCGGAUGCACCCCGUCACGCCCUUCUCCUUCCUCCACCCGCUCGCGCUCCCCGCCCCGAGGCUGCAGCGCUGCGAGGCCGCCCUGCUCGCCGCCAUGCCAGAUCGGCGGUGGCCUCGGCACAGGCCGUCGUCCUGGGCCGCCGCGGCGUUGCUGGCCACGACCGCCACCACCGGCGACGACGCCCAGCUCUUGGCCCUCAUCAACGCCCCCGAGGACGAGGUGGCGGAGUGCGCCAAGAUCCUCAACGGCGGCGACAACAACAAUAAGCGCAAGCGCGCGGCGGCGGGGCCGCACUCUCCGCCGCUGAGCCCGAGCGGGGUGAUCAGCGCGGCGGCCUUCUUCAGCUCCGAGAGCAGCGCCGACUCGUGGCCGCCGGCGUCCGCUUCGUCCUCGCCGGGCCGCACCGGACGGCCACUCAAGCGCGCGGCCCCCGACGACGCCUGGCCUUAGACGCCUACGGCCCGAUCGCUCUCGCUCUCUACAACAAACCGGCGAGCAGAGCAGAGCAGAGCAAGCCGCUACGCUAGGAGAUGAGAAGAAGAAGCCGGGGAAGAAAUGAAAUCAAAAGAAUGUAAUUUUGCUGCAAUGCGGUUGCAGAAACCAAAACGACGGGGGCAGCUCAGCUAUUGAUGGAUGAGAGACAAGCUCCCUCCUUCCGUUCCUGGGUAGGAUUAGGAUAGGCGGCAGGGGGAAGUUUGCUCCAUCUCUCAUCUCAAGCUUUUGCCCUCUCUGGCUGGCUAUGGCCAUGAAUGCGAAUUCCCCACUUCCCAUGAGCUCUACAUCUGCAUUAAUGUCACCCCGAUUUGGCUGCUCGUUUUAUCUAAAUAAAUGUGCAUAAUCCCUCUCUCUC